GGGCGGGGCAAGGGAUCCGUCACACACCGCGAAGAGUGGUCGGAACCAUACCUCGUCUUCUUCCCCUUCCCCUUCCCCUCCCAGGAAAAGCUGGGACCCGGCACCCGGGCUGUCCCUUGGCCGCUGCGGCCUCAGCUUCAGCCAGGCCUGGGUACGGAGAGUCCAGACCGCUUCCAGGGCGAGUGCUCCUGAUUGUGACAUCACAUCCAUCCCCUUGGCAAUGGAGCUUGUCCCUAGGAAGGAAGACUCAGUCGGAGAAUAGCCAACAAGAUGGGUUACUGGGAACGUCUCCUGAGUGGCACUGAGUGGAAGCAUCAGGGGGUUGGAGCCUUGUGAACAGGGAACCUGCCCCCAACACUUGGAAGGACCUGGGUUUCAGUGAUGAGACAUGGGGUAUGAUGUAACCCGUUUCCAGGGGGAUGUUGACGAAGACCUUAUCUGUCCUAUUUGCAGUGGAGUCUUGGAGGAGCCAGUCCAGGCGCCUCACUGCGAGCAUGCUUUCUGCAACGCCUGCAUCACCCAGUGGUUCUCUCAGCAGCAGACGUGUCCGGUGGACCGGAGUGUUGUGACGGUCGCCCACCUGCGCCCAGUACCUCGGAUCAUGCGGAACAUGUUGUCAAAGCUGCAGAUCGCCUGCGACAACGCUGUGUUUGGCUGCAGUGCUAUUGUCCGGCUUGACAACCUCAUGUCUCACCUCAGUGACUGUGAGCACAACCCAAAACGGCCUGUGACCUGUGAACAGGGCUGUGGCCUGGAGAUGCCCAAAGAUGAGCUGCCAAACCACAACUGCAUUAAGCACCUGCGCUCAGUGGUACAGCAGCAGCAGACACGAAUUGCAGAGCUGGAAAAGACCUCAGCAGAGCACAAACACCAGCUGGCAGAGCAGAAGCGAGACAUCCAGCUGCUCAAGGCGUACAUGCGUGCAAUUCGCAGUGUCAACCCCAACCUUCAGAGCCUGGAGGAGACGAUUGAGUACAACGAGAUCCUAGAGUGGGUGAACUCCCUGCAGCCGGCACGAGUGACCCGCUGGGGAGGGAUGAUCUCCACCCCAGAUGCUGUACUCCAGGCUGUAAUCAAGCGCUCCCUGGUGGAGAGUGGCUGUCCUGCGUCUAUUGUCAACGAGCUGAUCGAAAAUGCCCAUGAGCGUAGCUGGCCCCAGGGUCUGGCCACACUAGAGACAAGACAGAUGAACCGGCGUUACUAUGAGAACUACGUGGCCAAGCGCAUCCCUGGCAAGCAGGCUGUUGUCGUGAUGGCCUGUGAGAACCAGCACAUGGGUGAUGACAUGGUGCAGGAGCCAGGGCUUGUCAUGAUAUUUGCGCAUGGCGUGGAAGAGAUAUAGGAGAUCUCGACGGGCUAUCUGGAAGAGAUGAAAAUCAGAAAAUCCUGUCACUCCAGUAGCGGGGCCCUGAGUCCUCCCCACUUUCCUUAAUACUGUGGCUAACGCUAGAGCCACACAUCUCCCUGCUCUUCUGCCACUGAAGAGGGCCCCAGGGCACUCUGCUCAGGCUUUCGGGUGGGAAACCCAGAUUCCCUCCAUUUGCCUAAUUUCUUCCCCUAAAACGUCUGUAUAUUUUCCAUCUGGUUGGGAAAGUCCCCAGCUCUAUUUCUGUUUUCCUGCCUAGGGUCCCUGGUUCCAGAUAUUUUCAGAAAGCACAAAGAUACUCAUUUUCUCUAGAGGAUCAGGAUGGAGUGAGGCAUCUCUAACUGUUCCCCUCCUCCAAAACCAGGGAAUCCAGAGCAGGCAGGCCUAUUGACUCUAUAAACAGCAUUUAGAGGGCGGCUCUGGGGAGCAGACAUCCUAAAGAAAUGGUAAGGAUGGAACAAAACCCUAGAAAUAAUGAGGCCAGUAGGCCAUCACUGGUGGCCCUUAGGGGAAGACUGGACCUCUGUGCCAAGCAAUACCCUGUUCAGCCCACCUUAAAGGUGUGGGCUCCCGCCGGGUCUGCAGAUGUGCAGGUGGGGAUGCCGAAAAUUUCCAGAUGAGCUCUUUUUUCCUACACUUUCUGACGAUUAGCGAAUGACAGGGUUGGGGUGAGUGAGGGGUUAGUCCAUUGGGGUGAAUAUGCUCAGCAGGAAGCAGCGCUCUGGCUUUUGCUGAAAUUGGGUAGGCACUGCCUCUGGCACAGGCCAUAAUAGUUCCAUAGACCCCUCUCUCUCAGCCCUGUGAUUGUAACUAGUUAUUUUGAUAAUUUUCUUUGUCCAUUGUUUGUUUAUAUUUCACUCCCUCCCUCACAGUUUUUCUUUUUUAAGAAUGGCCUGAUUAUGGCUACCCCACUUUUCCAGCCCAGCUACAUUGCUGGCAAUUUAAUUUAUUUACUUUUUUUUUUUUUUAAGAAAGAAAAAAAUUUUUACAAAACUUAAAACUUUUCUUUUGCUGUUCCUAUUGUGGGGAUUUUUGGAUAGGGUGGGACGGGGAUGGGGUCUGUUUUAUAUUUUUCCUUUUCAGCACAACCUUUGGCUUUAAUAUAGGAAAGGCCAAGGGAGUCCUUGGCUGAACUGAAGUCUGCCCCAAUCCUCCAUAACCCAUCUUGAGAUGAGGAGCUUCCUCUAUUCCAGUGAUGGAUGUGACAGUCCAGCAUCAAUGACUGUGCCCUCUGGAGAACUUUGCUCCCAGCCCAUCUAGGGUCUCACUGUAAAACUCUGGACUUGGAGUAUUAAUUUUGAAGAAAUCCUGCCCGCCACUCCUCCCAACACCCGGUUUCCUUGGAGAUAUAUAUAUAUAUAUAGCUGGGUUCUAAGCUUCAUCAGGCAAGAUGGGAUAGAAAUUAUGUCUCUGAGUACAGGCUGUGCUGUCUCACCCAUACCCCCUUAGGACUUCAGCUGCAUUUCGGGAUGCCCAGGGCAUUCCUUAAUCCCUGGGGUGACUAGCAGAGUAAGAGAAGGGGAGGGAUAGUGGGUAUGAUUAUCUUGAUAUGCAGGUGGAAGUGGGGCUGGAGAGAGAUGGCCAUAAAGCUUCUCUUUUUGGAGCUUUUUUCCAGGCCAGCUUGCGGUAGGUCUGG